AUGAAGACAUUAUGGGGUGGUGGCACUCGGAGGAACCCUGGAAGAAUUAUACUGACACAAAGGAAGAUGAUGCAAAAACAUUCACACAAAAAGCCAAAAAUCUAAAAAAGGCUCUUAAAGUAUAUGAUCACCUAAGUUGUGAUCAAGGAGCAAAUCUGCAGGGUCACAUUAUAGCGCUAAAUGAAGUGGCCAAUAGCAUUGACAAGGUCCAUAAGGGGGUGAAGAUAGCAGGUAUUACCGGAGGCGCUGCAGGGGCAGUAGGGAUUGCAGCUGCUGUUGGAGGUGUCAUACUUGCCCCAGUGACUGGGGGGGUUUCAUUAGCAGUGACUGCAGUUGGAGUUGGAGUUGCAGCAGCCGGAGGAGUCACUGGAGCCUCAGCUGCCAUCACCAACAUGGACAGGAAGAAGGUGGAAACAAUCCUGCAAGACCACUGUACACAGAUAGAGGAAUUUGAGAAAUGUGUCAAAUUUAUCGGUACACAUAUCGAAGGUCUGAAAAAAUACAACCUGUCUACAUUGAAGGGGGUGGAUUGGACAGCAGUGAAGAUGGCUAGAAUGGCACAUAAAUUAGGAGACAGUGUGGGAGUGAUCGGCACAGUCAGCAAGUCCUUGGGUCUGAUCCAAGGCUUUACGCUCGGCAUGGACAUGUACUUCAGCAAAGAAGACUCCAAGCAGCUGAAGAAAGGCUCAGAAAUCAAAUUUGCCAAUCAAAUCCGCAAGGUCUCAAAGCAAAUGCAGACCAGCCUUGAUCAGCUGAUGGAAUUUAAAACAACAAUGAAUUCUGAUGACGGGGGCACGGUGGCUUAG